AUGGGACAAGAGGAGAGCCACAGCGAGGAGAUGGAUUUAGCCCAGAUUCAGGAGCUGUGCAUCAUCUUCAUGAAGGAGUGUCCGAGCGGUGCCCUGCACCUACAUGAGUUAAAGAGGAUCUUCGGGGUCCCAAGCAGCUCUGCAGAGGAGUCCCUCUACAUAGAGACAAUAUUCCGCUCCUUUGACACGAAUCAGAAUAACACACUCGAUUUCCUGGAGUAUGUAGCGGCACUUCACUUGAUCUUACGGGGGAACCUCGAAGAUCGGCUCAAGUGGUCUUUCAAGAUGUAUGACAAGGAUGGAAAUGGCAAGCUGGACAGGCAGGAGGUGAAGCGGAUCAUAAGGAUUAUCUACAAACUCAAGCUCCGGACGAGCGACGUUGGCAUGACUCCGUCCGAAAUCUGCGACAGAAUCUUCGAUUUGGUCGACCAGAACAACGAUGGUCAGAUAACCUUGUCUGAGUUCAUGGAGGGAGCUCAGAAAGAUGAAUGGGUCAUGAACCUGCUCAAGCUGGAUGUCAACGCCACCGGCUGGGUGAUCCAGAACUGCGGGAAAUCGCCGUGA